AUGUUAGUUAAGAAAGACAGCAAAGAACAGAAAACAACAGAUGUGAUUCAAUGGAAACUAAAACGAGUAAUUUGUAGUCAUAAAGGUUGGGUUUCAUCAAUUUGUUUUGACCCAUCGAAUCAAUGGUUUUGUACAGGUUCACAUGAUGAAACGAUCAAAAUAUUUGGUAUGAUCCGAGGUGAACAACGACUGACAUUAACAGGCCAUAUUGGAGCUGUGAAAUCACUGAAAGUUUCUCCCAGACACCCAUACUUAUUUUCUGCUGGUGAUGACAAAACAAUUAAGUGUUGGGAUUUAGAAUCAAAUAAAGUUGUCAAACAUUUCCAUGGUCAUUUAUCUGGAAUUGAAGUUGUUGACAUGCACCCAACAAUAGAUGUUAUAGGAUCAGGUGGAAGAGAUUCUGUUGUAAGGUUGUGGGACAUUAGGACAAAACAAUCAGUUGAUGUUCUUGAAGGACACACAUCAACAAUUUAUGAUUUGAAGAUGAGGGAAGAAUCGCCACACCUUAUUAGUUCAUCUGCAGAUAGUACAAUUAGAAUGUGGGAUAUCAUUGCUGGUAAAUGCAUGAAAACACUAACUCAACACACAAAAGGAGUUCGUUGUGUAGAAGUGUGGGAUAAAGAAAAUAUGGUUAGUGCAAGUUUUGAUUCAAUCAAAUUAUGGGACAAAGGUGAAUUUGUUGAAAAUUUAUAUAAACCAAAUGAUAUUAUUAAUACAAUCAAACGCAAUCAAGAUGGAACAAUUAUUUCAUCAUCAAAUAAUGGUGUAAUAACUGUUUUUAAUUUAAACACAAUAACACAAACACUACACAAUAUUCCACAACCUGGUUCAUUAGAAGGAGAAAAAGGAAUAUUAUGUAGUACAUUUGAUCAAACAGGAUUAAGAUUUUUUACAGGGUGUGUAGAUAAAACAAUUAAAAUGUAUGCUCCACAAUAA